AUGUUCAGACUCAGAGCCAACUUUGCAAGACCAUUGGUACGGUCGUAUAUGAAACAUAAUGCUAACCCACAGAUCUACCUUCAUCCAGUGAGCGAUACUAAGACAAAGGUGUCCUUCUCGCCUAAAGAAACAGCCGUGGCCAUCGGUACCUGGUCCCAUACCUCGCCGCUAACGCCAGAAUCACCCAUCCCAGUUGAAAAAUUCACCACCAACCCUCAAUUCACCCCUCUCAUUGACAAACUGUUUGCCACCCACAUCUACGACGACUUCACCUUCCAGUUCGAGGCCGGCGGAAACCCCGGCUGCUACAUGCCCAUCUACGACUUCAGGGCUCCGCCGGUACACGGAAGAAUCCCCGAAGUGGACGAUAUUUUCGGUUACGUACUUGUGAAUCACCAAGGACAAAUUGUCGAGGGUUCGUGGCAGGAAAACUUCAUGUAUCGCGUUGUAAACAGCGAGGGUAUCAUGCGAUUGAGCGAUCACAUGCUCGAGGUGGUCAGAAAGGAGUGCGAGCUGGUUGAAUAGACGAUGGAUGGUCUUGUAUAUAGGGAGGAUUUAAUAGUGAAGUUUUGCACAGCUGGUAUGUAUGGAAGGCUGAUAACUUUGCGAAGUGGCGAUGGGACUGUAAAAAUACGAUCUAACCGAAUGAUGGAAUUGGUUCAAAAAACAUACUUUCGAAGAGAAGGAUUUGCCAUCCUUUCAUACCAAAGAAACGGACCAGGCGAACGAUGAGAAAUAGUUUGGCCAAGUGAGCCCCUAGGCGAUGCACGAUGGGUUAAGUCCCUUUUACAACUGAAGUACUACUUCGGAGGGACUCGAUUCUUCAUUAUCUCUAAUCUGAUCUAUAUUCCGCUCCAAACGUGUAUUAACUAAAGUUAAUUUCC